AUGCGACUUCGUCUUCGUAAGCAAGCGACAAAAAGCUCGCCAUUAUCAGCAGAGACAUCCGAGAAGCUGCGUCGCCGUGUUGCUCCAAUCAAGAAGAGAAAAUCUUCAAAAGAGGCCCGCGUUUUCAAACGGCAUUUACAAUUGGCAAUGCGUAUAGCCGCUGGAGUUUUACUUGCAGGAGUCGUGCAGACGCGAGGUACAGAUCGAGAGUGGCUCUUUCUGCCGGCCAGUUACUAUUUAGGAGGCCUCACAGUCGCUUCCAUGAUGGUCAUUUAUGCUGCAGCGAGUACGGUGGGCGGUGUACUUCAACAAGUGUGGCAAAUUGAUGUAGGAGUGGCAAUUGCGCUACUUUACAACUUUGCAGUGUUUGCUUGUGUGCCCAUUACGCAAGGUGACCUCCUGACCGUCUCGAAAAAUAUCAAUGGAACCACGUAUUAUAUCAGUCUACGGGACUGGGGUACCACUUUACCAAUUCUUGCUUUUUUCACGCUAGUGAUCUUGUUGUCACCAAUGCAACGGAAUCUGAAGAAGUUUGCAGUGAGCACGAAUCUUUACUUUACUUUGACCUUAAUCGAUCCGAUGAAUCCAAUCUUUCCAACAAUUUUAAAGGACAGCACAAAGGGUAAUGCUUAUUACGGAACUAACAACUUGCUUAAACAGCUUGCGAUCUACAGCGCUGUUGGUGUCGUGGGUACAUUUAUCGCACUUGCGACAAUGAUGCUUCCAUAUCCAAUGUUUGCAAUGAGAAAAUUACAGCGACACAUGGCCGCAUCUCCUCAUGAUAUCCGAGACAUUUUAAACUUGAUCGUCGAUUCAUACUGCUUUCGAGCUAAAGAUAUUAAGAAAAUGGACUUCUUUAAACUGCGGCUUGACCGGCUACUUGCUAAUGCCCACGAGCGACAUGCUACGAUGGAAUCGCUACUUAACGAUUGCGGUUGGGAAGAGAUAGUUGGGCUCGGAAUGUGUCUUCACUUUAAUAAGACUGUAGCCAAACAGCUUGUGAGACUGUAUGGAAAACUUCUUGUCGACUUGCAAGCCAUGAAAUUUGCCAUUGAAGCCGAGACUUGCCACUGGACGCACGUUGUGCUUCUUAGUAAGAUGCAAAAGCACAUUUAUGUGCUGCAAGCUGAGGCCAAUGAUCUUCUUGAAGAUAUCUCACUUAAGAUCAUUCACUCGACUCGAACCAUGCCGUCAUCUAAAUUUGCCAGUCUUGAAAAAGCAUUGGAACACUUAAUGGUAAAAUAUACAACGUUGUAUGGAAAUUUACUAUCAGCCGAAGUCCACACUGCAGACGACGUGGGCAAAACUAUGCCACUUAACGUGUUUGUGUAUUCAUUUCACGUCUUUGUGUUUUCGCUGCUGGAGUUCGAGGGAAACUUUAAUGGCAAAAACUUUUCAGCUCGCUAUCGGAUCCAUAACUUUCUCAAACUGGCAUGCCGAAGUUUAUAUCAUCCGAUUAACUAUCCUCGAGGUGUGAUAAUCUCUGCGUUUCGAACGACUUUGGCUAUUAUCAUUGGUAUUUGUUGUGCAACUUUCAUCUUUGGAUUCAGUUCGACGGCCCCAACAGCGAUUGCUAUGGUUGCUGAUAAUAGUAUCGGUGGCACGUACGCCAACAUGGUGAAUCGAGUGGGUGGAUUAGUUGCUGGUACCGUCGUGCCGUCAAUUUUCAGCUUCUUUGUCUGCAAACUUUCAAGUGAUCAUAUUUACAAUAUACUCAAUAAUAUUGUACUCUUCAUAUGGACUGUUGGGUCGAUGUACGUUUGGUUCUCAGGGCGCUUUAUGGCUUUAGCAGGUAUGACCUCGGCAUUUAUGGCUGCUUCGGUAUUGCUUGACCACAGUUGCCGAACAUCAUCGUCUUCAACGACAGUAUCAUAUGCAAGUUUGACUCAAAAUGCAUUGGGUAUUCUUAUUUUGAUGGUUGUGGAGAUCGUUAUUCUUCCUCGCAGUUCCCGUGGAUUGCUUCGUAGUAAUAUUUGUCAAUUAUUAACACAAUUUCGUGGUGUCUUUCACGACGUGUUUCGCCACCACAUUGCGUACAGCUAUCCAACUUCAAUUUGUGCUGAGCCGCUAACUGAAGAAGAUAUUGAGAAUGCCAAGGUACUUCUUAGCAGUAGCAAGAUUAAAGAGUUAAAAUUUCAGCUUAAAGUGACCCUACCCAAUUUACUAAAGACCCAAGCGAAAUUGCUUGAUGGCUCAAAAAUGGAGCCAACGUUGUGGAAACCUUUAUUCUCUACGCCCAAGUACACGAAAGUUCUGAGCGUUUGUCAAGAGCUUCUCAAUCGUAUAAAUGUAUUAGUGGAUCUCGUGGAUUGGCAUGAGCACCGUCGAAGCAGUGGCAAAGACCGACCGUUGAAACGCUGGCAACAGAGUCGAAUAGAUGAUGAAUGCACUGCGGCAUUUGUUGCGGCUAAAGAAUCUCAAUAUCCAUUCUCAAAAACAACUAUGAAUAUAGAGAGUGAGCCCAAUAUUGAUGACGGAAGUUUUCGUUCUUCAUCGUUAUUAUCUCUGCCACCUCAUAUGAGUUCAACAUCACCCACUGUGGAAAAGCUGCAGUGGAAGCAAACCGUCGCAGUCGUUGAAGCAGGUGUCGAAGGAGCACUAGACACACUUGUAACCUUGUUUGGAAAAAAGUUCUCAGACUCUACUGCUGGAGACCACGCUAUUUAUUUACAAAUGAAAGAAGCUUUUCGUAUUGCAGACGUCAAUAAUCGCGGCGUUGUGGAUGCUUCGGAGCUCAGUCUACUUCUUGAGAAACUCAUGCCCUACUCUGGUAGCCGAGGCAUCGAAGGCAUGGAGGAAUAUGUUGAUGAAUUCAUGCAAUUGGUUGAUAAGGAUCGAAACGGCACAAUCUCAUUUCACGAAUUCAUGCAGGCUUUAAUCGAAGGGUUUCAGCUAGAGCUUGAAAUUUACGACGAUCGACCACAAAUCCCAAUCGGUGAAGUGAUUCAAAAUUCCAAUAACGCUCCGUCAUCACCUCCAGAAAACAUUCGAUCGCUUCGUAAGAGUACUUUUCGGUCUAACGUAGUUCAAGCUGUCGAAAACAACAACUUUUUAUCUUCCGAAAGAAACAAAAAGAAAAAUCUCAUUUCAGUGCUAUCGUCGCCAGAUUCAAAAGAUUUUCCAGCUCGAGCGACGUCCAAUUUCGUAAAUAUGUCCCUUUUCGGUUCGAAGUCUUCAUCAAAUACUAUCGAUAAAGCGGGAUUUACUCGACGCCAAAAUCGCUUCCGAGGUACGUCCUCAGCAAGUGAAAGCUCAGGACUUUUGAAUGUCGAAGCAUUUACACUCACUGAAGCUGCAGCCGCAUUGAAACGUACCUACGGCGAGUGUUUGCUUGGAUACGUUGACGAUUGCAGUCGUCGCAUCACGAUGGAGGAUUUCAUUGUUAUAAGCUGCGUGAUAAGCGCUUGUUCAGAUAUCGCUGAGAAUUUGACCCGCUUGAAUACGCUGGCAGCUUCGUGA